AGGCCUGACCGCAACAGGCAGAGGGAGCAACAACGCGGGUCCAUCAGGCAGACGCCUCGGCUUCCUCCCCUGCCCCCCAGCUUUGGCCCUCAGUGGAGGGGUAUGCACCCCUGGGGCAAAGUCCUGAGAUCCGGACGGGGGCCCGAGGGGCGGGGCGUCGACUUUGGGGACAUUUCCGGGCGAAAGGGCUGCUCUCAAGGUGGAUUAUUCCAACUCGCCCGGGGGCGGGAAGCGGGGGUCCCACCCCAGCCGCAAGUAUGCGCACACCACAAACGACGAUGAAGAUGACCAGGAGUCGCAGUCCUCGGGGACCCCCGCCAACUGCUUCGGCUUCGUCGCCUACUCAGUGAAAUCCGGAGAGAAAUCGCGAUUCAAGUUCAGGACUUUAAACCCCCAUCCUGAGUACUGCGGCACGUUGUGGCCCGAAGAUCGCUCCCUAACCCCGUCACCAUCUCCAUCUUCAUCUCCUUCGCCCAGAAAACUCCGCUGUGUGGACCAGCGAGAGCCGGGGAAGCAGGAGAAGCACCACGAACACCACUCCAAACGGAGAAGGGCCAGAGAGGGCCCCGCCAACGGUGCGCUCGACCUGCUGUGGCUGGGAACACCUUCCACCAUGGCCACUUCAGCGAGCGCCCAGUUAAACAAAGGCAUCAAGCAGGUGUAUAUGUCCCUGCCUCAGGGUGAGAAGGUCCAAGCUAUGUACAUCUGGAUCGAUGGUACUGGAGAAGGCCUGCGCUGCAAGACCCGGACCCUGGACAGUGAGCCCAAGUGUAUAGAAGAAUUGCCCGAGUGGAAUUUUGAUGGCUCUAGUACUUUCCAGUCUGAAGGUUCCAACAGUGACAUGUAUCUUGUUCCUGCUGCCAUGUUUCGGGACCCUUUCCGCAAGGACCCCAACAAACUGGUGUUUUGUGAAGUCUUCAAGUACAACCGGAAGCCAGCAGAGACCAAUUUAAGGCACACCUGUAAACGGAUAAUGGACAUGGUGAGCAACCAGCACCCCUGGUUUGGAAUGGAGCAGGAAUAUACUCUUAUGGGCACAGAUGGGCACCCAUUUGGUUGGCCUUCCAACGGCUUCCCUGGGCCACAAGGUCCCUACUACUGCGGUGUGGGCUCGGACAGAGCCUACGGCAGGGAUAUUGUCGAGGCUCACUACCGGGCUUGCUUAUAUGCUGGCAUCAAGAUUGGGGGUACAAAUGCUGAGGUCAUGCCAUCCCAGUGGGAGUUCCAGAUAGGGCCCUGUGAAGGUAUCGAAAUGGGAGAUCAUCUCUGGGUGGCCCGUUUCAUCUUACAUCGUGUAUGUGAAGAUUUCGGGGUGAUCGCAACCUUUGACCCUAAGCCCAUUCCCGGGAACUGGAAUGGUGCCGGCUGCCACACCAACUUCAGCACCAAGGCCAUGCGGGAGGAGAACGGCUUGAAGUUCAUCGAGGAGGCCAUCGACAGACUGAGCAAGCGGCACCAGUACCACAUCCGAGCCUACGACCCCAAGGGGGGCCUGGACAACGCCCGGCGGCUGACUGGAUUCCACGAAACCUCCAACAUCCACGACUUUUCUGCCGGUGUGGCCAACCGAGGCGCCAGCAUCCGCAUCCCCCGGACUGUCGGCCAAGAGAAGAAGGGCUACUUUGAAGACCGUCGCCCCUCUGCCAACUGUGACCCCUUCUCGGUGACAGAAGCCCUCAUCCGUACGUGUCUCCUCAACGAAACUGGCGACGAGCCCUUCCAAUACAAAAACUAAGUGGACUAGAUAUGCAGCCGUGAAAGCCCUCUAAUUCUGCACCUCCUCCCUCUGCCACCCCUCUCUGAAUUGUCCUAAUAGCUGUAACUCAAAGGGUGGAAUAUCAAGGUGGUCUUUUCAUUCC